GGAAAAAGGCCAGCGGCGGCUGGGGACGAGCGCGAGGACAGCCCGCUCAGAACUAUGCGGAGGGCCCCCUCCCGGGCCCGGGCACUCGCAGAGCGACAGCCUCGCAAAAGUUUGGCGGCGGCUGCCCGGGCGGCGUCGAUGGCGGAGCGCCCCGCGGCGCGCGAGGGCUGAGCGGGCGCCACUUCCCCGUCGGCCCCGCUUUUGUGUCUGGCUUCUCCUCCUCAUGCCGCGUCCGGCCACCUCCUGCGGCGGCCGCUGCUAAGGCGCUCGCUCGGGCCGUGGGCAGGAAGAGACAGUGGCGGUGGGGGCGGCCGCGGCGCGGGGUCCAGGCGGGACUAUGGGAAACGGGAUGUGCUCCCGAAAGCAGAAGCGGAUCUUCCAGACGCUGCUGCUGCUGACCGUGGUCUUCGGCUUUCUCUACGGCGCGAUGCUCUACUACGAGCUGCAGACCCAGCUGCGGAAAGCCGAGGCGGUGGCGCUCAAGUACCAGCAGCACCAGGAGUCCCUUUCCGCCCAGUUACAAGUUGUGUAUGAACACAGAUCAAGAUUAGAGAAAUCCUUGCAAAAAGAAAGACUUGAACAUAAGAAAGCAAAGGAAGAUUUUCUUGUUUAUAAGUUAGAAGCACAAGAAACACUAAAUAAAGGAAGGCAAGAUUCCAAUAGUAGAUACAGUGCAUUGAAUGUGCAGCACCAGAUGUUGAAAAGUCAGCAUGAGGAGCUAAAGAAACAGCACAGCGACUUGGAAGAGGAACAUCGCAAACAAGGAGAAGACUUCAGUCGGACGUUUAAUGACCAUAAGCAGAAAUACCUGCAGCUGCAGCAAGAGAAAGAACAGGAACUUUCUAAGCUAAAAGAAACUGUGUACAAUUUGAGAGAGGAGAACAGACAACUAAGGAAAGCACACCAAGACAUGCACACACAGCUUCAAGAUGUCAAGCAACAGCAUAAGAAUUUACUCUCCGAGCACGAACACCUUGUAGUGACUCUGGAAGAACACAAGAGUGCGCUGGCUGCUGCACAGACUCAAGUUGCAGAAUAUAAACAACUGAAAGACACUCUGAAUAGGAUUCCAAGCUUUCGAAAACAAGAACCAGCAGAGCCGCAAAAUGUGACUCAGGUGGCACAUUCUCCACAAGGUGACAGCACAGCCAGGGAGAAUCCAGCCAGAGAGCCACAGGAGGUGUCUCCAAGUAGUGAUAUGUGGCGGAAGCAUGGAGCGGUGCCUGGAAGACCAGAAGAAACAAAACCUUAUCCUCCCACCCAGAAGGAGGCAGACUCUCAGGCCCCAGCAGAGCCGAGUCAGCAAGAAGCAGGAGCCAGAGAGCCCGAGGAGCGUCAGGUAGAGGAGGAGCACAGAAAGGCCCUGGAGGAGGAGGCCAUGGAGCAGGUUGGGCAGGCGGAACACCUGGAGGAGGAGCACGACCCGUCCCCAGAGGAGCAGGACCGGGAGUGGAAGGAACAGCGCGAGCGAGGCGACGCCGCCGACCCCCUGGAAGGGCAGGCUCAUGCUGAGGUGCAUCCUUCAGCCAAGCCCGUUACCAGAUUCCGAUCUCCGUACGAGGAGCAGCUGGAACAGCAGAGACUGGCAAUGAGGAGGGAUGAGGAGGCCCAGCGGCUGAGAGAGCAUCAGGAGGUCCUGCACCAGCAGAGGCUGCAGGGUCACGUGUGGAGGCAGCGUCAGCAGCAGCAGCAGCAGCAGCAGCAGCAGCUUUUCGCCCAAGAGAUGGCCCGGCAGAGGCAGGCUGAGCACGAGGCGGGGCGGCCACAGCGCCCGCAGCAGCCGCUAGGGCAGCAAGCUCAUUAUGAUGCUGUGGAUAAUGAUAUUGUUCAGGGAGCAGAGGACCAGGGCAACCAAGAAGAGGAAGGAGGUGCCUAUGAGAGAGACAACCAGCACCAAGAUGAGGCGGAAGAAGACCCAGAGAACGGACAUGAGCCUCAGGGGCAAGGACUCCACGACACUGAUCCAGAAUCGGAGGCAGAUAGGGCAGCUGUAGAGGAUAUUAACCCAGCAGAUGACCCUAAUAAUCAAGGUGAAGACGAAUUUGAGGAAGCCGAACAAGUGAGAGAAGAAAAUUUGCCAGAUGAAAAUGAAGAGCAGAAACAAAGUCACCAAAAACAAGAGAAUGCAGAAAUGGAGGAGCACUUGGUGAUGGCAGGAAACCCAGACCAGCAGGAGGAUAAUGUUGAUGAGCAGUACCAGGAAGAGGGAGAGGAGGAGGUUCAGGAAGAUUUGACUGACGAGAAGAAAAGGGAAUUGGAGCAUAACGCUGAAGAGACCUAUGAUGAAAAUGCUGAUGAGAAAAACAAUGAGGGAGAAGAGCAAGAAGUUCGGGAUGACACCCCCCCUAAAGGCCGAGAGGAACACUAUGAGGAGGAGGAGGAGGAGGAAGACGACGGGGCGGCUGUCGCUGAGAAAUCGCAGCGAAGGGCUGAAAUGUAGCUGCGCCCAGUUUCACAGACAGCUCAGCCUACGGACUCCUUUCAAGCUGCUCAAAAAUAAACCUGCCUACUGAACUUCAGCAUAUUUAAUUACAAGAAAUGAAGAAUUUAGGCUUUUUUAAACCUUUUGUAUUAGAAAUGCUCAUACGUUUAUAAGAAUAUAUUUUGGUAACCUAGGUUAGAGCUUCUUUUAUAUUCAAGCUAGACAUGAACAAGAAGAAAAACAAUAAAGCAAACUUAGGCCCUGAAUGUUAUUUUUCAUAGAUGAUGUGAUGUUGGAAACGACAUCGAUUUUGUACAUAUUUCAACUUGUUACUUUUCUAUCUUCUAGUUUCCAGGUGUUCUGCUAUUAGCCUUUGAUAAAAGACAGGAUUUCAAAAUAAGGAAUACUGCAGAAAUUCUGUGCACACUUUAAGGAGAAUGGCCAGUUUACUAAUUUGCUGCCUUUUCGGGGUCCUUAUGUAUAAUUCUGAUAGAAUUUUAACCGGUCCGUGUAUCGCUGGAAUAAGAUCUGUGUACAGAGUGCCAUAUAUUUGGAAAGCCAUUUUUUAUCAAGACGGUUUUUCAGACUUUUCAGAUCAGUCAGAAAAAUGUUUGGUUUUACUUAAAGUUACAGCUAUUCUUCAAAGGAAUUAAAUUUAGAAGUGAGAAGUACUAAAAUUCAUGUGAUGGAAUUCUGGACUUAGAUAUUUCAGUAUUCAAACAAGGUAUGACACAUCAGUGUAUUAACCUUUCUGAAGGACUGACACUGUAUUUAACAACUAAUUUAGUGUAUAUGGGUGGCGGUUUCUAAGUGAGCAUCCAUUCUAUUUUUUUUUUUUUUCUGAAGUCACCUAGUGAUAUCCUUGUUUCAGUAUCUAGGUCCCUACAGUAAUAUAUAUAUAUUUGCCCUGUAGGCUCUGUGCCUCAAUAUUAUAAUCACUUUGAUGUCAAGUGUGAAUAUGAAGGCAUACCAAAUUGUACAAUUAAAUAGGAUUAUUUUUCAAAAGUUAUACGGUGAAAUACACAUGGUGGUAUUAUAGACCCUCAUGACUUUUCUGUUUGCUGGGAUCGGGUCUCUAUUAUGCCCACAUCUAGGCUUUUUAAUGAUUAUGGAUUGUAAAAAUCUCUUAAAGUUAAAAAUAAAAAAUUCCCCUUGGGGGAUAGAAACAUAUUUCCGUCUCAAGCAUAAAGAUUUUUUUAAAUAUUUAGAAUUAGGUUAUAUAAUUCAUGUGUGUGGUUUUUUAAUAAUACUCUCAAAUUAAUAAAAACACAUUUUAAUUUC